AUGACAUCAGGGCAGAAUCACACCACGGUGACAAGAUUCAUCCUGCUGGGCCUCACAGACCAGGCUGACCAAAAACAUCUCCUCUUUGGCGUCUUCCUGAUGAUCUAUGCUGUGACGCUGGUGGGCAACCUGGGCAUGAUAGACCUGAUCCAAACCAGCUCUGCCCUCCACACCCCCAUGUACUUCCUCCUGAGCGUGCUCUCCUUCCUGGACAUUUGCAAUUCCUCCGUGUUCACCCCCAGGCUGCUGACCAGCUUCCUCACUGUGGACCAGUCCAUCUCGUUCGUGGGCUGUGUGGUCCAGAUGGCCUUCAUGAUCCUCCAUGGCACAGGGGAGUGCCUGCUCUUGGCCAUCAUGGCCUAUGACCGAUUUGUGGCCAUCUGCCAUCCUCUCCUCUACCACACCAUCAUGUCCAAGCGCUUGUGCACCCAGCUGGUGGUGGGCACCUAUGCUGUGGGGGUGUUCAUUUCAGCUCUGCAGACAGGGAAUGUCUUCAUCUUGCCCUACUGUGGUCCCAACAUCAUUGACCACUUCUUCUGUGACAUCCCCCCAGUGCUCCAACUGGCCUGCUCAGACACCACUGUAGCCAAUGUCAUCCUGCUCUUCUUUUCCACCUUGGUUACUGUCCCCACAGUGUCUGCCAUCUUGGUCUCGUACACCUACAUCCUGGCCACAAUCUGUAGGAUGAGGUCCCUGGAGGCCCAGCGCAAAGCUUUCUCCACUUGUGCCUCCCACCUCACUGCCCUCUCCCUCUUCUAUGGGUCUGUGUUCUUUGUAUAUGUCCAACCCAACCCAGAAAGUGCUUCAGCCUAUAACAAGACCCUCUCCGUGUUCUACACCAUUGUGAUCCCCAUGCUGAACCCCCUGGUCUACAGCCUAAGGAAUAAAGAUGUCAAGGCUGCCGUGGAAGGGAAGCCAAAGGUCAGGUGGAGGGGCAGAUCCAGCCCCGGUGUGGAAGGAAGACGGGUUUGGGGUCCUGGCCAGGCGGCCCAGGGCACGGGGCCACCGAAGACCACUGCCAGUGAGCAUGGGAUGUUGAGCGAAUGGUUACUGUUGGCGGGGACUGGCUCCAUCUCCCGAUCAAAGCCCCAGACCUUGUGGUUCUCUAGAGGCUCCCGAAGUCUUGGUCUCCACGCCCACACAGCCUUGUCUACUGUCACCUCCCUGAAGGAGGCUGCCCACGCUAGAGGUUCAGAGCAUGGCCUUCGGAGACAGCCCGACCUGGCCUGGAUCCCGGCUCCGGCACACAAAGCUGUGUGA